CAUGAUAUGACCUGAGGCUGAUGACAGUUGCAGUGCAGUUUUUUUCGAAGAUUUUCUCGUAUUUAGGGGAAAACCUUGUUGUUGUGUCAAACAAUGGAGCUAUAAUUUAUUCUUGAGUUGCAGCCAUGGCAGUUCACCUGGAUGUCAAACAAGCAGUCGAUGAAUUCGAGACCUUGUUAAGCAGACUGCAUGCUCGCAAUUUGCCAGAGUUUUUCGAGCUGGUUGAGGAGCGAAUCUCUCGGGAACGCAAUGGAUCUGGAGGGGACGGUGUACCGGUGGUGGUGAAGGGUGCAGAAGCAGGUGUUGAGACUGAGGAAGCAAGCAACAGUGACAUCAUGAUGCACAGCAUAGCUGAGGAUCUACGAAGUAUGCCGUACAUUCCCCCAGACGCUGUGGUCAAGUCAGAGAGGUUAUUCCAUCCAACUUCUGGCGAGUUUGCAGCACUGGAUCCUGUCACCGUAGUCUCGGUGGAUAAGUUCUUGUAUGAGGAUGACGAGGCCAUAGAUGAGAUGUGUGAUGAGGGGAUGCUGAGCAGAAACUACUGCAUGGACUGUGGCUCUCACCACACGGCACCACUCAAUUUUGUUUCCCAUUCUGCCUCGCUGCUUCAACUGAAGUUUAUGUUCCAGAAGGCACUGCCUGAUCUGGCUGGCAAGACAGUAGUUGACAUUGGAUCCCGGUUAGGUCCAGUCUUGUAUGCGGCAUACUUCUACAGCAGCGCUUCAAGAAUAGUGGGGAUUGAAAUCAAUGCAGAGCUAUGUGCAAUUCAAGAACACAUCAUCAGAAAGUUUGCCUUGAAAAAUCGCAUACAGAUUGUCACAGCUGAUGUGUGUACCAAGGCAUCGGUGCUGGAAGAAGCUGAUGUGGUCAUCAUGAACAAUGUAUUUGAAUUCUUUGCCCCGGCUGGAGAACAAAUAAGCAUUUGGAAGUUCCUGAGGAGAACACUGAAGAAGAAAGAUAGUUACCUCGUCACGGUGCCGUCCCUAGAGAAAUCCAUGGAAGCACUUCAGCUGUCACUGGAUCUGCCCUCCUGGGUCAAGCAUCUUCCUCUAGACCAUCUCUCCAUGUGGAUGCAGGAGGAGGAAGCUCGGGAAGAAGUGCGACUAAUUAACCUCUACCAAAUACUCUGAGAAGGAGGCCGGUACACCAAAGGAUGUCUUCCCACCAGUAAACAACCUUGAGCCCAGUUUUUACCUUUGCCUCUGACCCCGGGCAAGAAGAGCUAAAUAUAUAGAGCGACAUCAUUGUAUUAAUAAUUUGGGCUUUUCCAUGUCGCCUCUGAGCCAUCGCCUGCUGCUAAUCAUUAGAAGUUGUAAUAUAUGGCCAGAGUUCGCAGCCAGUUGUAACCCAGUCUGUAUGUAUGUACAUCACAAUAUUAAAGAUACGAAGAUAACAUAAGCUGCAAAUCAUUCAGCAAAUUAGAUUAGCUAAUUUAUUGUCAUUUAUGGGUUGAGUGGAUGAAAAAAAACCUAGACGUUCUGUUCUGGUUGAAACCACCAUGCAGUUGAAACCCAGUCAACAUCACAGUGAAGAUGAAAUGAGCCCUGUAAUUUGUUUUGUCCCCCUAUUUAGAGAAAUAAUUUACAGAACUCCAUUUACCGAU